AUGGAUGCUGCUGUGAAUCGGCCAACCCGUCCACACUCUAUACACAGUGUAAGGAGACUGUCUACCCAAGGCUGCUUUGAGAAUACCCUGAAGUUUAUUUGUGAGUUUAAGCCUGGUGAUGAGGAUCAAGAUAUCAGCAUGGGCUGCGAGCCGAUAUCAGUCACCCUCCCUGCACAGUGUAGUGUCUACCAAUUGAGGCUACGCAUCUGUAUGGAGGCACAGGAGCAAAACUGCCACCCAGACCCUUUUGCAAUAUUGGACCCCGAGAAGUACAGCCUGCUCUAUGCCAGGGGUGGCGACUGGUAUGAAGCCUACGAUGACUGUCAGGUUAUCAGGACAUUAGACAUUCCAUGGUCACAUAAUGACCCUCAUUGCCUAUCAGCACACAUAAUAGUAAAACCGCCUGUGGCAGUUGAUCCAGAGGAGAACGAGAAACAACAGCAGUGCCUGACUAAUCUGAUCGGACAUGACCUGGAGAAAGAAGCAUCUGAUAGACUUGGUGAGCUCACCUUCACCCGUCGGAAACUGGCAUCUGCUAGGAAACAAGAGCUGAAGAAACGGGAUGACAAGUUGUAUGCCACAGAGCCUUGGAUAACACAUACUGCCUUACCAGAAGAACUACAAGAAUGGCGGAACAGAGACUUUCCUGUCACUUUCCACUACAUGAGCAGGAUCAGCUUCAGCAUAAAGGCUGACCUCAGCACAACACCAGAACUUCUUCUUAAAGUUUUUGAAAGGGUGAUGAAUGACCGAGGGAUUAAAUACGAUGGGCCUGACAAUCUCGUGUUGAAAGUUGCAGGCAGGGAGGAGUUUUUAUCUGGAGACUACGCCCUGAACGAUUUCCUCUGGGUGCGACAGUGCCUGAAAACCAACCAAGAGCUUCACCUCUUUGUUGUCCCCGUGUCGCAGCUUCCCUCGGAGGCUGUCAAAUUUGUGGACUGGCCACUUGUUGAUGGUUUUAGUGGCCAGUUCAGUUCCCACAAUGAUCUCAGCCUUAAAGGGAAGGAUUUGGAUGACAUCUUCAUGAUAUCCUUGUGGGACUGCAACAGAAAUUUUAGAGUCAAAUUGCUUGGAUUUGAUAUCCCACAACUUCCAAGCAAAUGUCCUCAGUCUGUUUAUGUUGAAGCAUCCAUUCUCCAUGGUAACAAGGUCCUCUCUUCAGUGUCCUCCAUUCCCAAGCCCUUUUCAGAUGAAGUGCUGUGGAAUGAGUGGCUGGACUUUGAUGUUCUCCUUAGGGAUCUGCCACGUGGAGCUAAGCUGGGUCUCACUAUUAACGAAAGUCCUGGUGACAUGUCUGCAGCAACAAAAGUGCCAUCGCCUUCAAGCAACAAAACAAUAGACUUGCUGAAAGGGAGAGGAAAAGUGCUCUACUUUGUCAACCUACUCCUCAUAGAUCACAGGUCUGUUCUGAGCCAGGGGCCCUACACACUGCACAUGUGGUCACACCCUGGCCUGGAUGAUGAGGCCAUCACCUACCAAGCAGACAAGCUGUCAACUGCUACUAACCCAGACAUAGCUGACUCCAUGGCUAUCAGCUUCCUUUUAGACCGCUACAGCUUUCCUGUGGUUGUCCCAAAUACUGUUACCAACUCUGAAUGUUCCAACUCCAGAGAACGUGAGACUCACGAUUCUCAUGUCCCCCCACCCUUGCCUAUCAAAAGAUAUUCUUUGCCAGCAAACUCACUGACUGACAAUGUAACUCUCAAAUCCCCAACUACAACCAUCAACACCAAAAAGCCAUGCCUCAGAAGGUUUCGGGAGGAGAGUGUCCGUUAUGCCUCUAGUCUACCCCAGUACUUGCGUAAUGUUGACUGGAUGAACCGCAAUUCGGUUGAAGAUGUCCACUGGCUACUGGGAUACUGGCAACCUGAGGAACUGGAUGUAACAGUGGCAUUGGAGCUACUAAGCAUGGAUUUUGCAGAUGAGUUUGUCAGGAGACUGGCAGUGAAGAGACUGGAGAGUCUGUCUAAUGAUGAUGUGCUGAAGUAUUUGCUUCAGCUUGUGCAGAUCCUAAAAGUGGAACCUUACCAUGACAGUUUCCUCGCUCGGUACCUCAUCCAAAGAGCUCUGCGGAGCAAAAGAAUCGGACACUUCUUCUUCUGGUACGUUCGCAGUGAGGUAGCAGGGUGCCCGUAUUUCCGACAGCGCAUGGCUGUGAUUCUGGAGGCCUACCUACUGGGCUGUGGUCAGGCCAUGCUCGACAGCUUCACCCAGCAGGUCCAGGCGGUGGAGGCCCUGCAGGAGGUCGCUGUCAUCAUUAAAAACCUGUACCCUGACAAGACCAACCUUGAUUCUACAACUCCCUUCCGGCUUCAGGAGCUUCUUAGAGACAGUAACCUACCAAAUGAAUUCUUGCUGCCCUUUGACCCUCGCAUUAAAUGUGGAAGGAUCCUGCUCGAUAAAUGCAAAGUAAUGGCCUCAAAGAAGAAGCCUCUGUGGCUGGAGUUCUCUCCCAUGCCAUCGCCUACCUCCGCCACACCUGUUGGAAUAAUCUUCAAAGAGGGGGAUGACCUCAGACAGGACAUGCUGGUCAUUCAGGCACUGGUGCUGAUGGACUCCAUCUGGAAGGAGAAAUCCCUGGACCUCAAUCUUGUUCCAUAUGGCUGCAUCUCCACUGGACACAACAUAGGUAUGAUUGAGAUUGUGAGGAAUGCAACAACGAUCGCUGCGGUCCAGAGGAGCCAAGGAGGAGCAACUGGAGCCUUCAAAAACAAUGCUCUGUUUGAGUGGCUCAAGUCCAAGUGUCCACUACAGGAAAUUCACUUCAAGAACGUGGAUAGAUUUGUGAAUUCCUGUGCUGGUUACUGUGUGGCCACAUAUGUACUGGGUAUAGGCGAUCGACACAAUGACAACAUCAUGAUCAGAGAAGACGGGAACUUGUUUCACAUUGACUUCGGACACAUCCUGGGUAACAGGAAGUACUUUCUUGGCGUGAAAAGGGAGCGAGCACCUUUCGUCCUCACACCUGACUUCCUGUAUGUCAUGGGCAGGGUCGAUGGUCGCAACAGCCUCUACUUUCAGCGUUUUAGGGACACCUGCACAGAAGCAUACCUCUCCCUGCGCUCCCACUCUCGUCUGUUGGUGACUCUUUUCUCGCUCAUGCUGCUCACGGGCAUCCCAGAGCUGAGCGCUGCAGAGGAUAUGCGCUACUUGCGGGUGGCGCUCCAGGAGGAGCAGAAUGAGGCAGAUGCCAGGGAGCACUUUCUCCAACAGAUCUCUGAGUGUGAGAAGCUAGGCUGGACUGUGCAGGCCAACUUCUGGAUCCACAUGAUGGGAGGCAUCAAGUAGAUUAAUGCAUUUUGCUCUGCCUUAAAAAUAAGUGAACGUUUUUCUGUGGAAGCUUUUUAGUUUUACAGGUGUAUUUUUUAUAUUUAUGUAAUAUCACUGAUCCUUGGGCUGUUUUUACAGGAAGUAAGGGGGUGGGAAACUGUUGUGCAUAAACAAUGGAUAUCUGUCAUAAUUACAGUGUAAAUACUUAGAAUCUGCUGUUUAUUGUAAAUUGUAACAUCUGUAGAAGGGUUAUAAUUCUCAUAUAAUACUCAAAUAAAAACUAGGCUCUAAAAAAAAGAAAAACUGAAAGGAUAUGGUGUACUUAGAAAUAUGACCACCAAUAAAAUAAAAAUACAGUUUAGUUUUAGUCUAUGUCAGUUUGGUACACAUGUUUAUUAAGACUAGAGACAAACUGAUUUUUAAAACCAGUACCAAUACCAUUAUUUUGUGAUUUAAAAACCCAAUAUGUCGGCAGAUUUUUUUUUGUUAUGUGGAUUUAUAUAUAUGACCCUUUACUGUAAUGAUAAUGCAGUUAAAAAUUAAUUUUGUUUUAAUGUCAUAACAAGUCAUGGAUUACUUGUUAACUCUAGUUUUUUUCUCUUUUGAUUUGUCGUGUAUCAAACACAUGUUGCCAAGGAAAGUUUCACAAGGCGAACGGAUAGGCAAACUAUGCAACAUCAGCACUCAUAACAUAGCUGAAGAGCCAGUGAUUAUAAAUGCAGAUGUCAAUAUAUUGGCAAAUAACUAAUCAAUAUCAGCCAGGCUCUAGUUGAGACUACAUGUUGGUGAGUCAUAGAGUGGUGUGUUUGUAUUGUAAUCCCUAUUCUGACAAAAAGUUUAUGCUGUGAUGUAGUGCAUGUGGUGCUCAUGCUGUACUUUGCCCCCCCUUUGAUUGUCUGCCCCACUAUCAUUUAUUCCAGAUUGAUUGCGUUUGUGUUAAUACUCCAUCCUUUUCUCCUGUCCUAGAUUCCUGUUCUGUUUGUACCAAACUUUUGAUGUUACUUUUAAAGUUUUGUCACAAUAAAAAAAAUUAAGAAUAAA